GCCUUCGCCCGAUCCCGGCUCCACUCCUGGGCCACAUUCCCUGCUGCCUGACCUACUGCCCGUCUCCUAGGCCACUAAACCGCGGCUGUGCCCCGGAGUAAGGCAAGGGGGACUGUAGAGCGGAGCAGAGGCCUGAGCCAGACCAGGAACCACUUCCUCUCCCAGGUCUUCCUUCAGACACUGACAUGGCCCAGCUGGUGACAACAGAGUUGCUGCUCCUUCUGGCGGGGGUGGCCGCAGUGUGGGCAGCCCGGCCCAGGACUGAGCUUCUCAAUGUCUGUAUGGAUGCCAAGCACCACAAGGAAAAGCCAAGCCCAGAAGACGAGCUGCAUGAGCAGUGCAGACCCUGGAAGAAGAAUUCCUGCUGCUUUGCCAACACCAGCCGGGAAGCCCAUAAGGACAUUUCCUACCUGUACAGAUUCAACUGGGACCACUGUGGACAGAUGGCACCCGCCUGCAAACAGCACUUCAUCCAGGACACCUGCCUCUAUGAGUGCUCCCCCAACCUGGGGCCCUGGAUCCAGCAGGUGAACCAGAGCUGGCGCAAAGAACGCAUCCUGAACGUGCCCCUGUGCAAGGAGGACUGUCAGCAAUGGUGGGAGGACUGCCGCACGUCCUACACCUGCAAGAGCAACUGGCACAAGGGCUGGGACUGGAGCUCAGGGCAUAACCGGUGCCCAGUGGGAGCUGCCUGCCACCACUUCCAUUUCUAUUUCCCCACGCCCGCAGCCCUGUGUGAGGGCAUCUGGAGCCACUCCUACAAACUCAGCAACUACAGCCGAGGGAGCGGCCGCUGCAUCCAGAUGUGGUUCGACCCGGCCCAGGGCAACCCCAACGAGGAGGUGGCCAGGUUCUAUGCCUUGGCCAUGAGUGCUGGGGCCAUGUCCCAUGGGAUUGGGCUUCUCCUGCUCAGCCUGAUCCCCAUGCUGCAACUCUGGUUGCUCAGCUGAGCUCCUUUUACCUUGUGAUACCUGCACAGCCCUGCCCUGUUCAGCCCCAUAGCUCCCAGCUAUUCACUUCCUGUUCCUUGGAUGGGGGCGGGGCUCUGACCCACGUUUGAAUAAACCAGACACCCAACAUG